AUGAACAUAUUUUCUUUACUUUAUUUUGGUUUUAUCUUGUUAGCAGGUGUUCAGGCACAUGGAAAAGAGCAUUUCACAUGGUACAAGAAAUCCCUUGCUAUCUAUGCUUGUAACUAUGAAAUAAGUUAUUUAAAAGGUAUUAGUUUUUGCCCAGCAAAAGGAAAUAAGAGAGAAAGAAAGAAAUGCAGAUGUGCAAAUGAAAAUUGGAGAGCUUCAUUAGCAGGAUGUUUAGCGUAUAAGGAGAGAAAUACCACUUCUACUAUCGAGUUCUACAAAAGCUUUUGUCAAAAUAAUUAUAAUGUUGAUUUGGAUAAAGAUUGGUUUGAUAAGUCAUACACCCAUUUUCUCAAUAAUGCAAAGAACAAAUAUGAAAUAAAACCAAGUAGAGAACCCGUUAAUUUUCCAGUGAAAUUCCUGCCAAAGGAAAUGGAUUUGUAUGGUAAAGUGGCUAUUAAUUUCUUAGGAAACUAUGAUGAUUCAAUUUGGUAUGGAAUUUCUAUGUUUGGAUUUUGGUUCCUAGUUUUAACAAUUGGAGCUAUUAGCCAUUGGACUAAAGUACUAUUUCCAGAAACAACAAAGAAACUAGUAGGCUCUAUUUCAAACUCGUACAGGAAAUAUAUAUCUAUUCCAGCUUUGUAUGGCAAAAGAAGAGCCCAAGAAAUUCGCUGCUGGAAAGUUUUCGACAGUUUAAUUCCAACUAGAUUCGAAUCAAUAGUAAUUGGAUUAUUUUAUCUUUUCACUGUAAUUAUCCAUGCUGUCAAUUUGAAAGCGGUUGAAAAUGAUCCAAUAUUUGAUACCAAGUACAUGGCUGAGAUUAGAUAUGUUGCUGACAGAACAGGUAUUGUUGGGACUGCAAUGACGCCAUUAGUAUUUUUAUUUGCUGGGAGGAACAAUUUCUUGCAAUGGAUUACUGGAAUUAAUUUCCUGACUUUCCUUUGCUAUCACCGUCAUAUCGCAAGAGUGAUGGUUAUGUUGGUUGUUAUUCAUUCAGUCAACUAUACUAUUCUUCUAGUCUAUCGUGAAACUUUUCCUUUCAAAGUUAAAAACCCAUGGCUCUAUUGGGGUAUUCUUGCCACUGUUGCUGGGGGUCUAGCAUUGUUUCAAAGUAUUCUCUACCUUAGAAGAUCCCAUUACGAAUUGUUCCUUUUCCUUCACUUGGCUUUGGCUGUUCUAUUUGUUGCGGGAACUUGGAUCCACAUAGUUGAUUUUGGAUACUGUGUUCUUUUAUACCCCUGUAUCGCUGUUUGGUGCUUUGACAGGAUCAUUAGGUUGAUUCGUUUGUUUUCGUUUGGAUUUCCCCAGGCAAAUGUGAUGUUAGUUGGUGAUGAAACUAUCAAACUAGAAAUCCCAAAGCCAAAAUAUUGGAAACCAGUGCCUGGUGGACAUGUUUUUGUUCAUUUUUUAAAACCAAGUUAUUUCUGGCAAUCUCACCCGUUCACAUUUGUUAAAUCCUCUGAAAAAGAAGGGAUAAUUGUUAUUUAUUUGAAACUCAAAGGUGGUAUUACUCAGAAUUUAUAUAAGCUAUUGAAGAAAUCACCUGGUAAAAUGGCUACUAUGAGGGUUGGAAUUGAGGGUCCAUAUGGAGAGUCCACUCCUGCUAAAUAUUCGGACAAAGCAGUUUUUAUUGCUGGUGGUAAUGGUAUUCCAGGUAUUUAUUCUGAAGUUGUUGAUAUUUCUUUGAGAUCACCAUCUGAAAGGAAAUCUCAAUUAAAGUUGAUAUGGGUAAUUAGAGAUUAUAACUCUAUAAUUUGGUUUUAUGAUGAGCUUUUGUGGUUAAAGAAUACUGACAUUAAAACCACCCUUUUUGUGACUAGACCAAAUAAUAGAGUUACUAAUUUUGGCCUGUUUAAUAAAUCUGAAAGUUCACAAGAAGGUUCAAUUAAAUCUGGCUAUAAUGAAAUUAACCCUCAACCAUACAAAGGACAAAACUAUAUUGAAGAGUUUAAAGCAGAAUUAUCUCAUAUUAAUUUUGAAGAAAGGAGACCCAAUUUUGAGCAAUUGAUUCAUGAUGAAAUUGAAGAAUCACCAGGAUCAGUUGCAUUCGUUGCUUGUGGUCAUCCAGCCAUGGUUGAUGAAGUACGUUAUCAAAGUUGCAGAAAUAUUGAUAACCCCUAUAAUAAGAGGGUGGACUUUUAUGAACAAUUACAAGUUUGGGCCUAA